AUGCAGGCAACAAAAGAGUUACCAGAAGUUGGUCUCAAUCCGUACUACCAUGUGUCCAUUGGCAACAUCCAUUCUGGUCAUGCUGCUAUGUUAAUGGAAUGCGUAGUGGACUAUAUUGAAAAGGUCUCGGAAAUGGAAGGGAAAGAUGCCACUCGUACUGCGUGGCGACGAGUCCAGGCAGGAUACACAUCGAGUGAAUGGCUAGGAUCUGAAGACAUCCAGACAGCUGACAUCUCUCUUAAGCUUGACUCUAUGCCUUGUAAUUAG